AUGGUCGCACAUCAUAUUGCAACCAUCAUGUUAAUUACAUUUUGCCUAGCUGCUCAUCAUCAUCGAGUUGGAAGUUUGGUAUUAAUUUUGCAUGAUUUUGUGGACAUUUUCUUGUACAGUGCCAAAGGAAUGCAUCAUCUCAAAAUGGAAACCAUAUCGACCAUGUUGUUUGUGGCAUUUACAUUGUCCUUCUUCUUGAUGAGACUCUUGUUUUUACCUUAUAUUAUUUAUAUGGCUGCCAUGAAUUUUCAAGGUUGGGAUGAUCCUUCAAGAUAUUACCUCUUUCGAUACGUUUCAGAUUCAAUCUACCCUGCAGAGGUCAGUGAUUAUGGAUGUUGUCUUUUCAGAUAUUGUGUGAGCACGUAUUGGGUCCUUAUUUCCUUACUAUGCUUACUGGUAGCUCUUCACGUCUUUUGGUUUUAUUUGGUGUUGAAAAUUUUAGCAAGAGCAAUCAGUGGAACGAAAGUGAGUGAUAUUCGAGAGGAUGAAGAAGGAGAACAUGCCCAUGCGGAUUAG